AUUUUUCAUUUUCUUAUUCCCUUCCCUCAUAAAAAAAGCCCUACCUUCUCUCUCUCUCGCUCUCGCCUCGUCGGCCGUCGCCUCAUCCAGACAAUACCAUUUCCGGCGGCGGCGUAUUCUGAGUCUCCUCCGGCGACGAUUGAAGUAGUUUUUUUUCUUCUUCUCGAUCCAAACGUACUCUACUCGGUUGGGGUUGAUCGUACUUGAUUGUGGAUUUUUGGUGUUUGAUUGGGCAUUUUGUUGCGGAUCUGGGAUAUCAAUAUCAUUUCGGUGGGGGGCACCUCUGAUGUUUAUGCUAGCCGCUUCUUCUGAUAUUUAGCCAAAACAGCUUCAACCCAAAGUUGGACAUCAAUUUUGUUGGUUUUGCUUUUCUUACAAAAAUCACUCAUUUUGGCUCUGACUAGGAGAUUAGGAAAACACUUCCAAAAAAUAUAAUCCAUGGAUGUUCCUAACCAACAUCCAUGCCAUGACUCCAAACAAGCUCAAGUGGUUGUAAUCAUGGUGCCUUUUCCAUGCCAGAGCCAUCUCAACCAGCUCCUCCAGCUCUCCUGCCUAAUCUCCUCCUAUGACAUCCCAGUCCACUAUGCCUGCUCUGCCACCCACAUCCACCAGGCAAAACUCCGCUUCAAUGGCAUAAACUGCCUUUCCUUCGCCCAAAUCCAUUUCCACGAAUUCCCUACCCCUCCUUUCCUCUCUCCUCCACCCGAUCCCAAUGCCCCAAGUAAAUUUCCAUCACAUCUCAUACCAUCCUUUGAAGCCUCUUUGCAUCUCCGUGACCACAUGGCUCAACUCUUGCACAAAAUUUCUUCCACAGCUAGAAGAGUUAUUGUUAUCCACGACGUUCUCAUGGGUUAUGUGGUUCAGGACACCGCUAAUGUACCAAAUGCAGAAUCCUAUGGUUUUAGCCCUAUUUCUGCAUUUGCUUCUUUUUUCGACAGUUGGGAAAUGAAGGGAAGACCUUUCGAGAUUAAAGAAAUACCAGAAGGGCUACCAUCUAUGGAAGGAUGUUACACCAAUGAAAUCCUAAAAUUUAUGGCUUUUCAGUCUGGUUUUCUGGAAUUUAGAUCUGGAAGUAUCUCUAACUCAUGCAGAUUAAUUGAAGGUACUUACUUACUGGCAAAGGAACAGAAAAAUCAAUACAGACCUCUAUGGGCGAUUGGACCAUUGAACCCAGGGACAAUAUAUGAGAACAGAAACUCAAAUAGCCAACACAAAUGCUUGGAGUGGCUUGAUAAGCAAGACCCAAAAUCCGUGUUAUGUGUUUCGUUUGGAACAACUACUUCGAUGACAGAAGAAGAGAUCAAAGAGCUUGCAAUGGGGUUAGAACAAAGCGAACAAAAGUUCAUCUGGGUGUUGAGAGAUGCUGAUACAGGACAUUUUUUUGCAGGCGAUGUUGAGAGAGCUGAGCUGCCAGAAGGUUAUGAAGAGAGAGUAAAAGAUGUUGGAUUGGUGGUGAGAGAUUGGGCGCCUCAACUAGAAAUUUUGGCACACCCAUCAACAGGUGGGUUCAUGACUCACUGUGGAUGGAAUUCAUGCUUGGAGAGUAUCACCAUGGGAGUGCCUAUAGCUGCCUGGCCGAUGCACUCUGAUCAACCAAAGAAUGCAUUUUUGGUAACAGAGAUAUUGAAGGUCGGUCUGGUUGUUAACCGAUGGGAAAACCGGAAUGAGCUAACGACUUCAUCAACCAUUGCAAAAUGUGUCAAGAGGUUAAUGACAUCAAAAGAAGGAGCAGAGAUAAGGAAGAGGGCUGAGGAACUGGGUGGUGCCACCCGGCAGGCGGUGGAGGAAGGCGGUGUUUCUCGCCUGGAGUUGGAUUCGUUCAUUGCUCACAUAACUAGGUAGGUUCUUUUCUUUCCACAGGUUUGAUUGACUUUCCUUGCAUUGGAUUGGUGUUUUCAUGCCCACGAACAAGUUUCAGACAUGAAGGUAGACAUUUCAAAGGAUAGACGACGAUAAUUUGUGACUGGGUUUUGGCUGCUAUGCGUCGCAAUGCUGAUCAUCAGUGAGCACCUCAUCAUCUUUAAAUUUUAGAUUACAGACUUUGCAAUAACAAUGGAAGAUGAAGCGUGCUAUCAUUGUGUUAAAUGAAAAGAACUAACAUUAUUUUGGGGAGGCGGGGUCCCUGCUGUGGGUUGCCCCCUGCUGUGCUUGCGGUCCCCAUAUUUUGAAUGUUUUUAUCUCCAAUGGUAAUUUGUGUUGGAAGAUAUUUUGUAAUUGGAGUGAUGGUAAUUAAACAAAA